UCAAGGGACGUUUAUGAUGCUCUACUGAGGUCGCUCCGGUCAAAGUGAGUUCUUGCUUCACUCCGGCCCCUUUGUUCCUGCUGUGUGCUGAUUGCCUUCUUCCCCCCCUUUUCUUUUUUUCCUUCUUGCAACAUUAUUCUGUUUCCUCUUCCUUUCCCAAACAACCUGUUGCAGACUAACUUAUAAAGUGUUUGUCUUAAAUGUGGAAAGCGCCGAGUAAUGACUAAUGAUUGUUCUUCAUCCCAAGCGACCCGACUGCUGGACCUCUCCUAGUAAAUCAUCAACCAGUACAUAAGAAGCUACCAUGGCUGAACAGGACGAUGGAUGGCCUUUGGGGUUGCAGCCACCAAAUGUCAGAACCGGGCUGAUCAGAAACCGUGAUUUGUCUGGAUCAUUUUCAUUAAACACUUUGCUCACUGAUUCUCCAAGCUCCUCCACGGAUUCUUCAUCAGGCUUGGACACUGAGUCGACUGGAUCCUUCUUCCAUGAAAGAAGAAUCACACUCGGGAGCCUUAUUGGCAUCUCAAACAUUCUAGAGCUCUCGAGAAGAUCGGUUAGGGGAAGAAGAGCAGAGGUCUUGAGAGGCAAGAAGAAUUACAGGUCCAAGAUGAUCUGGUUAUUUUCUCUGUGCACAAAAGAUAACGCGGAUGAUGUAGAUAAUAUGAACAAUGGACCAUCGCUCGGACAUUUUCUCGAAGUGGAGAGGAGAGCUUCUAGCGGUUACAGGAGGAAUCACGGCAGCCCUGGCUUUUAUGAGCCUGAAGAGUUUGGCCAGCAGUCAAUGAAUGCUUCUGAUGAUUCUUCAAAUCCGUUAUUCAUUAACGGCAGAGUAGCCCCCCCUCGGUCAACUCCAUGGUUUGGUUCAGACGUUGGAAGGAGAUCAGGUGGAGGCUCGAAUCAUGAGAAUGGUGGUUGUGGAGUUUCACUGUUGUUAUUAUGCAUGUGUGGACAACCCACCAACUGAGGCGCCAUUUUUCACCUUCAGAAAACUUCAUUUUACGCCCUUUUGUUUUUCUUUGGAUCGAAGAAUAAAAAUUUAUGUUGGAAUGAAGUUUAUCUGAUUCACCUAUAUUAGGACUUACCAAGAAAUUCUUAAUGCAUGGCAGAUGAUGGUGUUCUUCGUUCAA